AUGAGAGUUCUUAUCUCAAUUAAUGUUGAAGAAGAAGAAAGCCCCACUACAUCUCCUAAAGAGACUGUUCAAAACCAUUCCCAAACUUCUAAGAGUGAGCCAAACAUUCCAAUCACAGACCAACCUGCCCCACAUACUAGUCCUGAACCACCUCCUAUUAAUCUUGAGGAUGUAACCCUUGGAGCCUUCCCUAUAAAGGUCCUCUAUCUUGGAGAAACUGAGCCCAUCAAAUUUCCAUCAGUUUUCUUCCAAAAUCCCUCUACAUCUGAUUCUACUGGUUCUCAAGAUGAACAACCAAAAAGGAUUAACCUUGACCCAUCCACAAAUAGUGAAUCAUCUCCCAACAAUCCUCACAUUCCUUCCAAGGACCAAUCAACUAGCCCUCCUCAAUCUGAACCACCAACCAAUUACCCAUGGUUGGUAAACCCUCCAUUGUUAUUUUAUUGCUAUCCCCUUUCAAUUAAUUCUACUAACUCCUUAUUUCUCAUCAUAGGGGUAGAAACAUCAAUUGAGAAGACUUCACUCACUAACCCUAAUUUCACAAAUGAACCUGACAUGGCUUCUAAAGUUGCAAACAAAGAAACUACUGAAACAGUGUAUAGGAACAUUGGAGGCACUCCCCUUUCAACAACAAAUGAGCUUCCUAUUUCAACCAACACUGAACAACCCCAUGUCUCAACAAUUGAACAAAUUCCAAUUGUGGAACCCACAACUCAACCUAUAGUCAUCCCAACUUCUACUAAGGUUUCAAUCCCUAUUGCAUCAAUCCCUCAAAGGCUUCAUCAAUUCAACCCUGAGGUUCAAUAG